CCAAGCACUGGGCUCGGGAAGGUUUCCACGUGCCUCUACCCAGCGGGUCCCGGGGGAAAUUAGGAGUUGUUACAGUAGCAAGAAGGCUGCUCCGCAGCCUGGGCCGCGGGACAGCCUCGGUGUAUGGAGGAGGCAGGGGAUGACGGUGGGUGCACCGGGCUCUCCGACCUCGGAGCCUCCAGCUGACUGCCAGGCCAGAAAGACGCGCGGUCAGUGCUGCGACCUCCACCCUCCCCCGCGGCCAGUCUUUGGAAUGUGGCCUCUUCCCCACCUCGCCCGUCGAAGUUGGGGAGGGGUUCCCGCUACGCUGGGCCUCGCCGCCAUACCCAGGCCGGAUGGGGCUGGGAAAAGAACUUCGCAGAGCUCGGCCGCAUGAUCUGCGCCCCAGGGGGAAGAGAGCCGAAGAGAGUCGUUUCACCCGGUCUCUCCCCAACUGGGGUCUCGGGAAAUACGCGCAGGUGUCACUAGGUGAAGGCAUCUGCGGAGAGAUUUGGAGCAGAAGAAGGUGGCCGCUCUGAAGCAGACCCGCUGUGACGCCGAGUCAGCAGCAGCCCUGGAGGAGGCCAAGACCACUGGCUCUCCUGGGAGCCCAGGAACACCCCCUGAGCCUCAUGACCCUGGCAGUUCCCUACCUCUGACACCCCGGAUGGAGAGUCUUUCAGAGGAGGAAGACCAUGGUGGCCUGGGCCGCAGUAGUAGGGGUCCCCGAACCCAGAGCCCAAGGGGCUACUCAGUGGAGGCAGUGCUGAGCCGGAAGAAGCACCGCCGGCGGCCUUCAAAGCGCAAGCGGCACUGGAGGCCCUACCUGGAGCUGAGCUGGGCCGAGAAGCAACAGCGGGAUGAGAGGCAGAGCCAGAGGGCCUCCCGGGUCCGAGAGGAGAUGUUUGCCAAAGGCCAGCCCGUGGCACCCUACAACACCACCCAGUUCCUGAUGAAUGACCGAGACCCAGAGGAGCCCGAUCUGGAUGUGCCCCAUGGGGCCUCCCACCCAGGCUCCAGUGGGGAGAGUGAAGCAGGGGACAGCGACGGGCGGGGCCAAGUUCAUGGUGAGUUCCAGCAGAGGGAUUUCUCAGAGACCUAUGAGCGCUACCACACAGAGAGCCUGCAGGGCCGCAGCAAGCAGGAGCUGGUGCAAGACUACCUGGAUCUAGAGCGGAGGCUGUCCCUGGCCGAGGAGGAGACGAGGAGGCUGCAGCAGCUGCAGCGGUGCACCAGCCGACAGUCCUGUCACCUGGUUGAGGAGCUGGCUGCCGAGGUAGAGAGGCUCCGGACGGAGAACCAGCGGCUUCGACAGGAGAAUAAGAUGUGGAACCGAGAGGGCAGCCUUGGCGGCAGGGAGCCAGGCACCUAGGAGUGGCCCCCAACCCGGUUAGCCCGAGGGGACAGUCCAUUUUAUACACACGCAGGCCAGCUGGGUCCCAAGUUGGCAGGUGACCAAUGAAAACCACUCUCAGCACCCCGGUGCCCCCUGAGAACAGCUUGACUUACACCUUGUCAUU